AUGAAGGAAGUUUGUUUAGCAUGCGGACUGUGUCCACUUUGGAAACAACCACUUUACAACUGUAUCUCUACCCCAACUUCAAGUUUUAUUAAUUUCGAUGAAUUUGCAAGUUGGUGGAAAAAAUUUGAAGAAAAUGCUCACGAUCAAGCUUCGCGUUUUGUUUACAUUUUGACGAAUGGAAGACGAAAUUUUCUUGCUGCAGAUGAUUUUAAAGCACUUAUUCAAGAUUUAAUUGAGACAUUACCUUCACUGAGCUUCUUAAAAGAAGCUGUCGCCUUCCAUCAAGCAUAUAUAAAAACAGUUAUAGCACGCAUUUUCUGGAAUGCAUGCCAUUCUUGGAAAAAAUAUAUUUCGAUAGUAGAACUCAGGUUAUCAAACUUAUUACAGGCAAUCACGAUGUUAGAAAGCGCACAGGUCAAUGAAGAACGUGAAUUUUUUAGCUAUGAACAUUUUUACGUCAUUUACUGUAACUUUUAUAUGUUGGAUAAAGAUGAAAAGAAUCAUUUGACACCGUCUGAUCUUUCACUUUACUCCAAUAGUGCACUAACAAAUUUGGUAGUGCAACGAGUCUUUUCUGGUGCUGUUUUGCCGAACAGUUCAAUGAAACAAACUUUAGAUUACACUGCAUUCAUCAAUUUCUUAUUGGCAGAAGUUGACAAAUGCCACCCGAAAAGCAUCGAAUACUGGUUUCGAAUAAUGGAUUUAAAUGGGGACGGUCGUAUUUCAUUUGACGAAAUGGAACGGUUUUACAAAGAAAUAAUGGCAAAUGUGAUCCGUAUGGAUAUGGCCGUAAUAACAUUCAGUAAUUUGAUAAACAUGUUAAAAGAUAUGAUAUCGCCACAUUCAUCAACAUAUUUCACAUUAUCCGAUUUCAAACGAUCUCCUCCGCUGGCACGAUAUUUCUUCAAUACUUUCAUUAACUGGAUAAAGCAUAUUGCACAAGAAAGUUGCUUGCCUGAUAAUAGAAACGGAGUGGAUCCACAAUUCAACGAUUGGAAUCGUUUCUGUAAAUCGGAAUACGAAAUAUUAGUGGCAGAUUUACUAGAUAGUGAAGAGGAAACAAUGGCUGGUAAAAUGUCAAAUAAUCUAAUCUAG